UGAGCAGCCCCCCCUCCCAGCCCCCUCAGCCCGUCGUCCCACCCAAGCCUGUGCAAUGCGUCCAUCACGUGUCCACUCAACCCAGCUGCCCGGGACGGGGCAAGAUGUCGAAGCUGCUGAACCCAGAGGAGAUGACCUCGAGAGACUACUAUUUCGACUCCUACGCCCACUUUGGAAUCCACGAGGAAAUGCUGAAGGACGAGGUGCGGACACUCACUUACCGGAACUCCAUGUACCACAACAAGCACGUGUUCAAGGACAAAGUGGUGCUGGACGUGGGGAGCGGCACCGGGAUCCUCUCCAUGUUCGCUGCCAAGGCAGGGGCCAAGAAGGUGUUUGGGAUCGAAUGCUCCAGCAUUUCUGACUACUCAGAGAAGAUCAUUAAGGCCAACCACUUGGACAACAUCAUCACCAUAUUUAAGGGUAAAGUGGAAGAGGUCGAGCUGCCCGUGGACAAGGUAGACAUCAUUAUCAGCGAGUGGAUGGGCUACUGUCUGUUCUAUGAGUCAAUGCUCAACACGGUGAUCUUUGCCAGGGACAAGUGGCUGAAACCUGGAGGGCUUAUGUUUCCAGACCGGGCAGCUUUGUACGUGGUAGCCAUUGAAGACAGACAGUACAAGGACUUCAAAAUCCACUGGUGGGAGAACGUCUAUGGCUUUGACAUGACCUGCAUCCGGGACGUGGCCAUGAAGGAGCCCCUGGUGGACAUCGUGGACCCAAAGCAAGUGGUGACCAAUGCCUGUUUAAUAAAGGAGGUGGACAUCUACACGGUGAAGACGGAAGAGCUGUCGUUCACAUCUGCGUUCUGCUUGCAGAUACAGCGCAACGACUACGUCCACGCCCUGGUCACCUAUUUCAAUAUUGAAUUUACCAAGUGCCACAAGAAAAUGGGGUUUUCCACAGCCCCUGAUGCUCCCUACACCCACUGGAAGCAGACUGUCUUCUACUUGGAAGAUUACCUCACUGUCCGGAGAGGGGAGGAAAUCUACGGGACCAUAUCCAUGAAGCCAAAUGCCAAAAAUGUGCGAGACCUCGAUUUCACAGUAGACUUGGAUUUUAAGGGACAGCUGUGCGAAACAUCUGUAUCUAAUGACUACAAGAUGCGUUAGCGCACGUGCGGCGCCGCAGAGAGCGAGCGAGAACAGGAAGUCUCACCUCCAUCUAUCUGCCGCACCGUCCCAAAGAACACUGUUUGCAGGACUACACACUUGGACACCAGAGCUGCAACUCUGCCUUGAAGAUUGGUGAACUCUCCAGGGCCCCCGUGGGCCCCGCCACCGGGCAGGGGCCCCCUGCCCCUCCGCCCCGCCCCGGGGGAGCCCUUCCGGAAGGCUUUGUCGUUGCCCACAGACAGCAACAACCCCGCGCGCUGUGGCGAGGCCGGAGGAUGGUAGCGUGCCCACGUGUCCCUGUCGCCCUCCUCCUUAACUGUGGCUCUCCGGGUCUUCCGAGUUUUGCAUGCUGCGGGUGUCUAGGACAGAUUGCUUCUACUAGAACCUGGAGACGUAGUGUCUUUGAUAGCAUAAGCCAGAUUAUCCGUCUGUGCGGUGGCGUGUGCGUGCGUGUGUGUGUGUGCACGUGCGUGCGAACAGCAUCUAUAUUCGACUAGCUACCCACAGACACUUGUAUAUGCAACCACGUGGGAACACAUAGGUGUCCGCUCGGAGGGGUGUGUGCGUCUGUGUGUGCGCGCGCGUGUGCGUAGACUAUAUAUUACUCUCGGAGGAGAUUCUGUUGCUUUCAAAUAGGAAUUUGUUUUGUGAUUAGUUCGCCCUGUCCCACCCCUUAACAGAUAUUAAGCAGCUAUGAAACAUUCUCUCUACUAGUUCUGGUCUCCUUUUGACUAGACCGUGGCUCUGACCCGGAGCAUAGUUCCACGGACUCCGUGGGCGCUCAAUAAACACACAAGAGAACAAAGCAAG